CUUUCCUGGGCACUCAGUGUCUCAUCCAUCGCAGACCAGGGCUUGUCAUCCCCACCCUGUCCAGGAGCGUUACCGCGGGCGUGUCCAGGAUCUUUCGGCGAGGCCUUCCCUCCUGCCCGAUCCUGCCAGCACGGACAAUGCCGAGUUCAAGUGCAUCUUGCGGCCGGCAAGACGAAGUACUCGCGCAUGGCCGCGAAGUGCAAGGGUGUCAGCGAUGAGACCACUACUGGCGUCCACCGGCUGAAGGAGAUGGCUGCGAAGGGCGAGCUCUUGUUCCCAACCAUCAACGUGAACGAUUGCGUGACCAAGUCCAAGUCCGACAAAGUUUACGGGUGCAGGCAUUCGUUGCCAGAUGACAUCAUGCGUGCCACAGACGUGAUGAUCGGGGCAAGCGUGCGCUGA